AUGCCUCACAACUCCAUCAGAUCCGGUUCGGUGGGCAUCCUGCGUGCUCUUAGGCCCUCAGCUGCGCCGGUACUAGACUUGCAGAACCCCUUCCCCAGACCUCUAAGCCCUCGUUCUCGGGUGCGCAGUAGCCCUUGCCUGUGGCUCCCCCAGCGGGUCUGUGAACAGGCCCCCACACCUCUCAAGCUAAAGGGAAAGAACCAAGGACUGUGCUGGGAAGAAGCCCCCGGGUCUGGGCGGGUCCGCGCCGUGGGCACGGCCUGCCUGCAGGAAGAGAGUGCGGACAGCGGGCAGAGGCGCGGCACGGCCCGCGUGAGCCUUCCCCCGCCCUGGCGGCCGCCUGCUGCGGUACCCGGUUGCCUUGGGGCCAGUGCGGUAGUCGCGCCCUCCCGGUGCGACGUGGUCUGCAAGACAGGGAACCGAGCAGGCUGCUCGGCGUCCCUUACCCAGCCGCGCUCGGGCGCCAGGACAGCCCCCGCUGGCGAGUACGCGGUGCCGAGUGCCCGAUUCCGCGCCAAGCUGGCUCUGGCUGCUUCUGCUCCUCUUCCGGGGCUCAGUCUCCCCCCGACCCGACCUUCCCCUGACCUUUCAGGCGGCGGUGGGAGGAGCCAUGGAGGGCUGAACCAGUUGGGAGGGGCUUUUGUGAAUGGCAGACCCCUACCAGAAGUAGUGCGCCAACGCAUCGUAGACCUGGCCCACCAGGGCGUGAGGCCCUGUGACAUCUCCCGCCAGCUCCGCGUCAGCCAUGGCUGCGUCAGCAAGAUCCUUGGCAGGUACUACGAGACUGGCAGCAUCCGGCCUGGAGUGAUAGGGGGCUCCAAGCCCAAGGUGGCCACCCCCAAGGUGGUGGAGAAGAUUGGGGACUACAAGCGGCAGAAUCCUACCAUGUUUGCAUGGGAGAUCCGAGACCGGCUCCUGGCUGAGGGGGUCUGUGACAACGAUACUGUGCCCAGCGUCAGUUCCAUCAAUAGGAUUAUCCGGACCAAAGUGCAGCAACCAUUUAACCUCCCCAUGGACAACUGCAUGGCUACUAAGUCUCUGAGCCCAGGACACACACUAAUCCCCAGCUCAGCUGUAACACCCCCAGAGUCACCACAGUCAGAUUCCCUGGGCUCUAACUAUUCCAUCAAUGGACUCUUGGGAAUUUCUAACCUUAGCAACGAAAGCAAGAGGAAAAUGGAUGACAGUGACCAGGACAGCUGCCGGCUGAGCGUCGACUCCCAGAGCAGCAGCAGUGGGCCCCGCAAGCACCUUCGCACAGACACCUUCAGCCAGCACCACCUUGAGCCACUCGAGUGCCCAUUUGAUCGGCAGCACUACUCGGAGGCCUAUGCCUCCCCCAGUCACACCAAAGGCGAGCAGGGCCUCUACCCACUGCCCUUGCUCAAUAGCACCCUGGAUGAUGGGAAGGCCACCUUGACUCCUUCUAAUACACCUUUGGGGCGCAACCUCUCAACUCACCAGACGUACCCCGUGGUGACAGAUCCUCAUUCACCCUUCGCCAUAAAGCAGGAAACCCCCGAGGUGUCCAGUUCUAGCUCCACCCCUUCCUCUUUAUCUAGCUCCGCCUUUUUGGAUCUGCAGCAAGUCGGCUCCGGGGUCCCAGCCGGUGCCUCGGUCCCGCCCUUCAAUGCCUUUCCCCAUGCUGCCUCCGUGUACGGGCAGUUCACGGGCCAGGCCCUCCUCUCAGGCCGUGAGAUGGUGGGGUCCACGCUGCCCGGAUACCCACCCCACAUCCCCACCAGCGGACAGGGCAAUUAUGCCUCUUCUGCCAUCGCAGGCAUGGUGGCAGGAAGUGAGUACUCUGGCAACACCUACAGCCACACCCCCUACUCCUCCUACAGUGAGGCCUGGCGCUUCCCCAACUCCAGCUUGCUGAGUUCCCCAUAUUAUUACAGUUCCACAUCAAGGCCGAGUGCACCGCCCACCACUGCUACGGCCUUUGACCAUCUGUAG